UAGAAUUUGUAACCGCUAGUCAUUGCUCAUAUUAAGAGUUUUCCAUGUCAUUCACCUUUUUCCUGCCUUUUAUUUUUCUCUGAAGCCCUGAAAGGAAAUUUAGUCGGCUUACGUCAAAAGUGUAAACGGAGUGCUAUUUGAUUUAGCAAUUCCAAACGACAUGGCGUACCACACAUCUGAGGAAUAUUAACUAAACAUGUUUGCGUGCCGAAAGUAUAAAUACAUCCGAUAGUUAUGGUAGAUCCAGCCGAAUUCAUCAUCAUCAAAUGUAUAAUGAGUUUCUUUCGGUAUAGGCUAAUGUGUUUUCCAGUUGUGACAGGGGUUAAUUUCCACAACAUCGUUCGGGAAGAUUAGAUGAGCUGGCUGGCAGUGUCUGGAUCAGCGUUAGUAUAAACAGAUACCCUGCGCAGUCUGUGUCGUUACAAUCAGUUCAAGCGUCUUGUUAGCUGGCCUGUAUUGGUCGUGAGACCUGCGAUAUAAAAGAUUCCUUCGUUUGUUUCAAAGCCCACAUAAAGGCAUUCGUCGAUAAUCACUGUAAGUACAAUUAGCAGGCUAACAUGGCGAACGGGGGAUUUGGGAUUGAUAUGCUUGCAUGAGCUUCUCUCCUGCGAAUCUGACAAUUGUAGCAAAGAAACUGUUUCCAUUCUUUUACGUUUUAUAAGGCUAAUAUAUUUAUGCAAAUACAACUCUUUUUUGAACUAGUGAUACAUGCAAAACACCUAGGCAGGAUUUUUUUUGGUGAAAGUGUUCCGUCGAGAUAGUUCCAUUGUCUUGUACCUUGUGACUUAUAACCUCGAAAAAACCUCAGUGAUUUCGACAAAUUCUUCGAACAUAAAGGAUUGAUUUCUUAUGUACCUUGGUAAAGAGGACCAUCAAAAUGUUGUUUAUAACAUCGCAUUAAUAACAUUAAUGUUGUUACUCUAGAAAACAUUAUUUAGCUCGUCGUUCUCGAAUUUUAUUUAGUCUAGUAUACAGUAACUCAUCUCCGUUUCAUCCGGGAGUUCCAACAGAUCGCAUUACGGUUAACCUUACAUAUGCAAGACAUUCUCAUCAAGCGGCUUUAAACACAUGAAAUUGAUUUGACAUAAGCUACAUCUUUUUUAAACACAACUAAAAAUAGCCGAUAAUUCGAGUACAGAGUGUUUUAAACAGCAUGUCAGUGUAUCCUUGUCAGCCAUCGAUUUGUCAGCUGUUUGGUUUAGUAACUUUAAUAACUCUUUGCUCCAAAAAAGAAAACGUUUAGCAGUUAUUGAAGUAUGGCAUAAACCCACCAGAUGAGAUCAUAUGGGUGGUACAUCAGAAGAGACCACAACUAACCACGUCAUUAAGAUUUUCUACUAGGAUUGUUGUGAACAUCAAAAAAGUUUUCCCAUGCAGUGUUUUUAAGAGGUGACCGUUUAAAGCAACAAAUUGCCUCUUGUGAUAUCUUUAACAGACAUGUUCUAAAAAUGUAACAUUAUCUUGCCUGUUAUAGGUUGACUUUUGGCCUUUUCUGAAAUUUAGGAAAGUUUUUUUAAGAAAUAUAAUGAUCCGUUCACCUUUUGGGAAACUGCAUGACUUGAACGGCUGAAGCGAACGUAAAUGGUGUCAUAAAUACGACUCUUUUACACUUUCAAAAAACCCAGUUCAAACAUGAACGGAAUCUUGAUGGAGUAAAAUAGAAUCCACUAAUGUCGCGCGAGUCACAAUUGAUGGGCCUUCUUUGACUUCGUUAACAUACUUCAAAUUUUCACAAUACGGGCACGGUGAGCAUUACCAGAAAAACAUAAUCUCAUAAAAAAAAUUAAUUCUAGAGGGAUUAUGCAGGAAAAAUUUUAAGAACGGAAGCGUUUCAAAAAACCUGAAAAGGAAUUUGUCACAUGAUAACUAUUAACUCAAGGAUUUUAAACGCUAGCAGUUAUCGCUGCCAUUAUUUUAGGUAAAUUAGAAUGUUAACAAGAUGACCAUUGCUCUACUGUAGCUAGUCCGCAGACACCAGAGAAAAUUAUCAAGAGUGAGGUAUUCUUUCCGUGUCAAUGUUUGAUCGGAUUGAAUGUGGCACUAAUCUCAUGUAUAAAUUUCAAGUACUUUUGUUCUACAAGCGAGAACAUAAAAAAUCUAAGUUAUAAGAUCAAUGAGGUAGAUAAACAUUCCUCGAGCGCUGUGAAAACCAUACCAUCAUUUAAGCCUGGAAUGUUCUUCAUGCAUGGAGAACUUGAACAGCUGCUCAAGAUCAAGUAGGAUGACAAAUCUAAUAUGUGAAUUUUAAAUAGGCUCUAGAGAUCAACUGCUCUUGGGCACUACUGUACAUUGAAGGUGAAAAAUCAACCGCAUCUUUUUGCUCCCUUUUCCUCUGGGUAUUAAAAAACCUCUAUUCAUUAACGGAAGUGGUUAUGUUGCGUGAUCUAUCCAAGGCCAAGUAAUCUACACCUCGUUGAAGUAUAAUUACUCCUUAAUCAUUUCGAUUCAUCUCUUUCAAUGUCAACGUAGAUUUAGAACAAACGAUUGAUCGUUAUGCUUUUAACCAUAAACGCAUCCCUUAAUUAACUUCCAGCGGGUAUAUACUAUGCACGUCAAAGGGUGAUAAUAAUCUAUCUCCCUAAGAUUCUCCCGGUCUGGUCUUUGGCUAUAAUUGGAGUUAUUUUGGCUUAUCGCAAUUCAAAGCAAUUUGUUUUUAUCUACAUCGAUGCAUUUUUUAAUGUAUCUUAGCCGUAGAAAAUGAAUCUGGAACAUUGACUUCAUGACGGGCAGCAUCAUCCGUAUCAACCUCCCCAAGCUGACAAAACACUGUAUUUCUUACCUCGAUUAUUGGAUUUGACAAAUAAUAAUUAUCAAGAACAAUAAUGUGGUUUAUCAAAGACUACUCACGUUUCAAGAUAUUAAAAUUAUUCGUUCUGGACAAUAAGAGACAAUAGGGUGGGGGUUUAUGAAACCGCUAGCCUCAAGAAAUUGACCUGAGGGGCACGCGUUGAGACGUUGACGUAAGAUCUCUUACGAGAUAAUUAGGUUAGUGUUGAACCAAUAUAACACAACUUCACCUUUACGUCUUGACAAAGUGCAUGCUUCACUAUAAUCUGCAUGCAAUUUGAAGAAUCUGGAGAGCUUUGCCUACCAACAGGAUUUAACAAUUGACCUCUUAAGGAUAAAAACUUUGUUCUUUCUUCCUGCAUGCACUCAGACGAAACAGUACAGUCAAGAAGGCUGACCAUUAUCCUGAGUUUGCGAAUUUCAACUGAAACUUAAACCUUCGCGGCAGAGACUAGAGAGAACGAUUCCAGCACCACGAAAAUGACGAAGUCUCACCUUGCAGCUUUCCUGACGUUAGUUUUCAUUCUUUCAGGUAGGUGGUUAUCGACUGCUCUUGUUUAGUCCAGUAAUCGAUUUCCAAAAUAGCAAAACAACAAAACCCCCAUAGUUUGGUACAAGUUUUGUUGUCGUUUGAUAAGAAUCUAAACCAUCGCUCUGUUGUUUUCCUGUAUGUUCUAUAUAUAGUGCUCCGCGAAUGUACGGCAAGUGAGAGGAAUUGUCUUCAAAUUGUUCGGUACAUGUACCAUAGCCUCGGACUAAGAACUCGAGGGAUCGAAAACUCUAAUUUAGCAGGAGAGUGGACCUCAUCGAGGUAAGAAAGCUAAACUACCGGUAAUUUUAUUAUUAUUAUUUACACAAGGUAUACUCUUUCGAGGCCUUCCUUGCAGCAACAGUGCGUGUUGUAAUCCGAGAGAUUAUGAAACGUUUUCAACAACAUAAUCCUCUGAUAAGAGGCGACCAUGCACUCAGCAAACAAAUUUAAAUUAGCUGUGCAAUCGCUUGUGGCUAUACCAUUCGAAGUUAAUUAUUGUUUAUUACUCGUGGUUAUUUAGAGCGUAAAGAAGGUGGAGAUACGUCAAAUUAACUCGGCUUCAGCACGCCUCGAAGGUGACGGAAACUCAUAAUUGCUUUGAUUGUCCCAGCUUGGUCAUUAAAGUAAAGAUUCCUUUCAUGAAAAAACAUUUACAGUUUGGCAGCAAACUGGAGCUGUUCAAGACGAAACUAAGGAAAAUUUCGCUAUUUUAAUAUUAGCUUGCUGUCCAUCAACGUUUCUUGUAACGGUGGUUAUUAAGUUAAUUAAAUAUGUCCGACUGUGUGAUUGAAAAUCAAAGGAAGAGAAAACGUCCGCUAAAUGCUUCGCUUUUACUGGUGUUGUUUGUUGGUGGUCAAUAAGGAAUAGUUUGUUUAUAAGCGUCAUUGCGUAUCACACUAUUCCCUUGUAACAAUGAACAUUGCGUUGGGACACCUCGGAAUGUGAACAACGAAGACUGUUACCGUUUUGUUGAAAGUUUGGGCGAGGCCCACUUGAAGUUGGCAUAGCAAAGUAUUGCAAGACAAAUAAUUCAAAAACGCGUAAUUUUAUUCAUUCUUAAAAGCAAUGACGCCUUUUCUUUUAAGGAUAAUUGUGGUCGAGGCUGCCUUUUUGUCACUUUUCGGUUUAUUAUUCCAUGACACUUUUUAUCGCGUGAUUUAUUGGGAUUAAAUUAGACUGAGAGUCGUGGCUUGCUUUGUUGAAAACAAACCAAAAUAACAUUUAGAUCAAAGGUCGUUAAAGGUUAGAAACUAUUGUAGCUUAAUAGCCUGGCAAGGCUCAAACUAAACAUACUUUUUUACACGAGACUUCUGGGAAUUGUUUUAGGUAGUUACUCUAUGUGAUAGUUAAGGCCAUAGAGACUCGCUUGAGCCAUGCGGCAUCAUUUAGGUAGAUAACACUGGAAGAAAACAUGCAACCACUGCCUAAUUGGUUAGUUUCAUUAUAAUUAAAUGGUCGAAAAUAGUUUAUGAGUUUUUGUCUUCUUGCCAACUUUAUUGACGCAACAUGCAGUUCCCUUAGCUGACUCUGUGUUCUAGUAAGCGAGCAAGUAUAGAGUUUCAUAAUGUAGUCAGACCAUUAAAGCCUUAGCCGAGAGCCUGAGAACCCAUUUGAAGUUAUGAAUUGUCAAGCCUAGCUGAGUUUCGCCAGCUCAUGAUUAUUGUAAUUUAAUCAUAUCUUAAUUACCCAAAAGAAUGUAGUUAAUAUUGAUUAAAACUGAGCAGGAAUCAAAAGAAGAGUGGAACAUCAUAAGUAGUUUGAAAGGACACCAGAAAAUGAACAUGGAGACAUAUCUACUGUUUUUUUUUUUACAAAACUCUCGUCACAUUUAUUUCAGUCUUAGUUUGAACUGGUGCAUAAUUGCAGACCCCUUCAGUAUAAUUGGUCCAGAGAUGGUCCAGUGACUUUGAUGUGCAAAUUGUCUCUGCUAAGAUAAGGUCUUAUGAAAUUAAGCUCUUAAGCGUAUUAGAAUAUUUAGAAGGUGAUAUGGUAUCAAGUGUAACUUAUACCCUGUAUUUACCCUGUAAAGCAACAAGCAUUUAUUAGGUAUGGCCGGCCGAGACCAGCAGGUUACAAAAGGUUCUCAAAGUAGUAAGUUUUUCUUUUCACUAAAAGGGUAAUACAGUUGUUGAAAUAUCCGAUAAAACUUCAACCUUCACUAAAUCUGACUGAGAAAAAGACACGGACUGCUUGCAGUCUUCUUCUGCCUAAGAAGUGUGGUCCUGACUGAGAUAUUUGAUAGAUAAGAAACAAUGCUUUUAUUUUAGUCUGAACCACUGAAUAGGAUGAGCUCAGGAUUUUUUUGGUGCUCUAUGUCUUUUGCAAUAAUUAACUAUCAAUUUAAUACAGGUGAAUUGAAAAAUGUAGAGAAGUUGGUGAAGGAAACAGUUCAAGCCUUAAACUCUUAUUAGAAUAAACUGGGAAUGUGCAUUUUUGUACAAUCUGUGAAAUUAUAUAUUCCUAGCAGAUGGUCCUUGAAAAUCUAAUGUGGUCCUUGAAAAGUCCUCGAAAAAUGGUUGCAGUUUUUUGUAUGAACCCUGUUAAAGUACUUUUUAAUUAGAGUUAUUUCCGUGAUCACCUAAAUCAUUUCAUGGGAAAUCUUUUUGCCUCAGAAAAUCCUUAAAAACUGUCUGUUAUCAGAUACCAAAGUGACCUUGUAAAUGUCACAUUUAAGACUUACUGUGACUGUUAAACCUGUAUUCUUGCCACAAAAAACCCUGAGUCACAUACUGACCGAGUCUUUAAACAGAGCGCAAGCUAAUUCUAUAAGAACCUAACCGAAAAGAAUUAUAACUGCAGUUUAAGAUAUUGAAAAAUUUAGUUCUCUGCACAGAUCAGUAAAAUACGGCCAAAUUUUACUAUAACUUCAAAUUUGCCAGUACAGACGCAUUAUAGUCAGUUUUACUACCCAUGAGUGGCAGAAAUGUAGGUGUGAUUGCGAGUUUUCAACUGUUCAUUCCAUCUCGCUGCCUUCCAGCCUCACAUUUAUUUAUAUCAUUGACUAUUGUGAGAUGACAUGUAUUUAAAAAAACAGGCGUCGCCUUUGGGCCAUGGCUAGACAGCAAAACAGCCCGUAUUUUUAUAUAAUUACGUGGAAAAAAAAAACGCUGUGGCUGUAUGGCCGGUAACCGGUCAAGGUUUCCAAAACCCUAAAUGACCGGCAGUCCUGUAUUUCGUAGUAAAUUUUUCCUCUUUCCUCUUUCCUCUUUCCUCUUUCCUCUUUCCUCUUUCCUCUUUCCUUUUUCCUCUUUCCUCUUUCCUUUUUCCCCUGUCCUCUUUCCUCUUUCCUCUUUCCUGCACUUUCCCGACUUAUCUAGGAAAGAUCGAAGCGACUCUGCUAGCAGGGUAGACUGCUGGUCAUUGCGUGUUUUGAAAAUCUUGACGGGCGGUCAACCUGAAAAAAGUUCUGUGUCACAAAACAUGGUUUCGUCUUCUGAGCCCAGCGUAAACCAAACGCUAAACUUGAGAUCUAUAAAGCGUUUCAGAAUCGCUUGACUUUUGUUAAUCAACAUAACGAUAGUUUAUAUUACCUGGUUUGUUCGAUUUGUGAAAUUUACAGCAAAGACAAGACCGCUGGUCAGUUAGAGUUUUGAAAACCUUGACCGGUUACCGGCCAUAUGGCCACACUGCGAAAAAAAAAACAACAACAAUCCUGUGGAGCGAGGGUGAGAACGGAGUGUGAGUUAAGGAUGAGGGAUUCAUGGUAAUGCAGUGCAUAGGGUUUUGCGUUGCCAAGUCCGUAAAAGAGAGGAAUUUAAUGUUGGCAGAUGCUGUAUUUAUAAAAGAAAUUGUGCGCAUUAAUUUUCUUAUACAAGAAAGUUUUGUGUGUUAAUUUUUCGUACUUACAAGUGUAACAGUUACAAAACAGCUAGAGACGCUAUUUAACUGUUCAAGCGGUCUGUAAGAUAGCAGCGAUUCCCCUUAUUACAGGAUAUGUAAACUACUUUAUCUUGAUGUUAUUCUUCCUUUCUCAUUCAGUAAGUAGUCAGAGAUUUAUACCAUUAAUUAAAGGAUAACCAACAAUUAUAAUGUAGUGUGUGCUUUGUGAGCGGGUUCAAAUCACCAGCGUCCAGGCCAUACCAUAAACUGCCGGCCGGGUUAUACACUGCACUUCGUAAGGGCUUUUAGAAGGGCUCAUAAACAGAGGGGCUUACAUCCAAGGGGGCUCAUAACUGGAAAAAAGCGCGUCAAAACAUGUUAUACUAGUGCUGAUCAAAAUGCGUUUUGUAUUUACUUGUUUUUUAUUAAGCUUCAAGGUGACAAAAUAAAUGGAAUUCAUUUCAGUACAAGCUAGAGAGGGACGUAAAAUCUAACAUAUUUUUUGUUAACAGGUAGAUGGGCUUAUAAUUUGUGGGGGGCGGGAGACUUAUAAGCGGCUUUUGAAUUUGUUGUUGUUCCUCAGGUCCGAGAGGUUUUUCUUCGGAUUGUCCGGUUUUACCCCUUCUCAAAAACCAACAAUUCCAAAUUCCAGUUCGAAUAGGAGUGGUAGACCAGGAACCAAUAAGUGAUUGUGCUACCUCUAAGUCUUUCUUUUAUUCGUUCAGUUAUUUUUAAUUAUUAUUUUCUCAAAGCCCAAGUAAAGUUAAACGAAAGUUAGUUCUGCACUUGAAAUUAGGCUCAUCAUGACGCGGCCUCCCUUUUCCAUAGUCAUGUUCUCGUCAUCAACUAAUUCACAUGUUUUUCUUCUUUUUGUACUUUUGCAGUUGCGAGGUCAGACCUGGUCCACAAUUUUUCACGAGGCACAUCACGAUUUUCCGCAACGGAACCUGGGAGGGUUAUUUUUAUCGAUAUAAUGACUCACAGUGUUCAGAGCCUAAGUUAAGCCUUCAUGUGAGAGGAUAUUUGAAAUUGUCACUGGAUCCUGUCAAAGACACCAACAAGGCAUAUUUUAACUUUACGAGAGUAAAUGUUUAUCCGCACAAUGAACAUGAGCAGCAAGAAAUAGUGAAUGUGUCAAACAGACACUGCCCAAACAGCCUUCGUGUUUUUAGAUCCCUACGCUCUGGAAUCCACGUGUUCGAGGUUAAUUUAAGAGCGUUCAGAAAGCGAGCUUGUAGAAAUUCUUUUGGAAUAUCAGAAUCAGAGUUUUCAAAACUUAAGCUGGAAACGAGACGAAGGAAGGGCUCCAAAUACGACAAACUUUACUUUGCUGAAAUCCCAACAAUUCGAGUGACUAGACAUAAACCCAAGUCGUACCAGCUACCUCUACAAAGGUACAAUGCAAACAACUGCACCAUCUGUAGGAAGAUCCAAUCAGGGACUGGUGUACGACCACCAAAGUUACCCCAGGUUCCUCCUCUUAAAGUUGAUCUGGAGGGAGAAUGGGCCAGCACAACCUGUGAGACAACUUCUGGAGGAGCGUUCCAAACUCGUCACUUUAAAUUUAAUAAGGAGGCGAAAAAGUGGGAAUGUCAUUACUUCUUCUAUCACGAUGCUGCCUGUAAGGAUCUUGAGGCUAUUAUACAAUUUAAAGGCAGGUUUAAAGGUGGCAUUUCUUCCAAGAAAGUAGCAGGGGCUUAUGACUAUGUGUUUACUAUGACACAAGCGACUAUAACUCCCACGUUGUCCUUUGUCACCGAACUUUUGAACUCUGCACAAAAAGACUCUUGUGGUAAAGUUAGGUGGAAGACAAAUGUUGCACAAAAUAUCACACCUACAUUUGGAUGUGCACAGUAUGGUAUCUCUCUUCCAGAUACUGAAUAUGACCUGGUGAAGAUGGAAAAAAAUCCUGAAGGCAAAAAAUUGCUCUAUGUAGGACAGCGGGCCAGUGAUGGAACACAGCCUUCUUCACCAUCAAGAAGACCAACGUCUUUUUACCUGCCACUGGUUGAAUGCUCAUCGUACAAAUCAGUUAAAUUUGUGCCACCAACCACUCGUCCAACCACUCGCUUGACCACUAGAGCCGCUCGUCCCUUUCAUACUUUCAGAGAAAAACCUUUGACUACCAGAAGGCGAACUGAUCGAGAGACUAUUGGCAAGGCCACCAGCAAGAAAAAUGAACAAAUUGUUGAGAACAUUACUCAGAAACCAGGCGAUAUCGAGUUGGCCUACCGAAGUUCUGCGAUCAACUGGUCUCUGUGCAAUUUACUUAUAAUUUUAUUCAUAUUUAACUUCGUUAUAGCUUAGAAGCCGCGAAUGGGAGACAACGGUCUUGAACGGAGUGUCACGAAGAGUCGUUUUGUGCUAUUUUGGAAUCAGCUAAGACAACUAUGAAGACGUUGAAACCAUCACGUCACAAUGUAGCGUAAGAGAUUUAAAAAACACAUAUGCGUAGGAACGUUCUACGGAAAAAUCUUGUCGUUCCACGACCCUUGGUAGCUGUUAGUGAAUCAGAAUACAGCAUUUCUUAAAACUAAGAAAAUUGAGCCACACCCUGCUGUGAAACUCUCACCUUUAGAUAUAAAUGUAGGAGAUCAAAGGUGAAUUCAAAUCUCUUCCAAAUUGCAUGAGCUACACGUGUUCACAACCCUCAGUUCCACGUUUGUUUAGAACUAACAUCUUGACUGGUAUCAUUGUCAUUAGUUCCUUUCAGUUUUUACAAAGCAAUUUUAAACUACAUUUUUAGAUAAGUUGCCCAUGAGCGGCGGGGCAACACUGAGAAUGAAACUGAAUUCCCGUUUUGAGUUUUUAAUGAAAUUGUUUGCAGAACUAUAUUGCUAAAGAGCUGGUUUAGUGGGCCAUUUCCAAAUUGCCUCAGUGAGACUCGGUUUUUAAGCGAGGCUAAGUGAAGUCUUGGAUGAAAGGUUGAUCUUGUAUUCUCGGCAUGCAAAUGAAUCGGAUUUUCAUAAGAAAGGUUUUACACUUGAACUCAUGUUAUAUUGAGGCUAUUUGGAACUCGGAAUGAUAGCCUAUCAAGUUCUGUGUUUCCUUUGUUCACCUUGAACAUCCUUUAAACUACAAGUGACAUCAGAGGAUUUUUCAGUACGUAAUGCCGCUGUAGUAUAAUUAAGAGGGUGCUAAGCAUUUCUAUAGUCUCUUAAAAUGUCUACCGCACCGACAUGGCAGAGGAAGUAAAUUUUAGAGUUUUUGGCAAAACUGAUUUUUUGGUUGCCUUAUCUAAGGUCUAUAAGUUUUAUUUAAAGCGAUUAGAAAGUAUUGUUGCCUGUGUUCAACGUUUGGGUUAAUUAAUACUCGUAACUUUUUUUUAAAAAACGGACGUUUUUUAAACAUUAAUCAAUAAACGAAAUAAAUGAAGACAGGAACCCAUUUAUCGGAGUUUGCAGUUCCAAUUUUAACUUUGCUUUGCUUCAACCUCUUCCUCAGGGCUAAGUGUUAAUUUCCGACCUCCAUUAUUGCUUAGCGGUCUGUAACACCACUUCAGUCUGAAUUCAGAUUGGCGAGAAUUGACAUGGAUCUAAAAUUUAGCACGUCAAAUAAAACGGUCGUGUUUCCGUGAAAGGUUGAGGUUAAAUACUUCGAUUGAUAGGCUCCUGAGUUAAGGAAACAAUUGUAGAUAGGAAAAAUUUUUAAUAAAAUUUUCAUAUACUCAGUUUUAUAUAUAUAGCAUCUUUGACUUUCUGUUUUUUAUUAUUCCGUUGAUUGAGGCUCC